GACCUCGCGGAUGACACCUCGGUGACAGUCCAUACGGGAGAUGUGCCGGUUCCAAGUCAGGUACACCAACUGGCCACCAUUCUUUACAAUGUGUUGACCGCGGAUCCUGAAUACAAUGCCCCGAUCCUUGAGAAGCUUCAGAUCCCUCCGGAAGACCCAUCGGGUACCCAGGUAAAACUGUUCACCGCAGUGGAACUUUCGCAUAUGGCCAGCCACCUUGCUAUCACAGCAACUGAGUUGGCUCGAAACGCUCGACCUGAUGACUAUGAGGACGUCUCGGGCAUGUCUGACUAA